GGCUAGUUGAGAGUCGCCAUCGGGUCAAUGCAACUCAAGGGAAAUUAAGGGAGAAAGAAGAUUAGAACAUAAUAGAUAAAGCAUCAGCAAAAAGAAACAAGAUGGAUAAAAAAGUACUUGUGUUAUUUGUUCUCGUAACUUUAGCUGUAAUUCUUUCCACAUGCGAAGCCAAGUCUACAAAACACACUAAGAAAACAAAGAAAGUUGUUGCAGCAAAGUCAAGUAUCAAAGCUGACGCUAAGCCAAAAACAGCUAAGAAAAAGGAGGAGCCAAAAGAAAAAGAAGAUGCUGAUGACAAGGAAAGCAAAAAGGUCAACGAUAUUACGAAAGAACAAAAUGAUGAUCCAGAUCAAGAAGACGAUGAUGACGAUGCGGAUGAUGAUAUUGAUCAGGACAAGAAAAAGGAGCAGGAAAAAUCUCAAGACAAACCACACAAGAAACCUGCAAAGAAGACGACCAAGUCAAAGAAAAAGGAAAAGAAGCAAAAGGAUCAAAAAGAAGACGAAACUCUACGCAGUUUGCUCGAUUCAAGCAUCGAUAACCUAGCACAAGCAGGGAAAGCCAUCCAAGCAAUUCUCGAUGUCACCGUCAAGUCUACUCCACCUCCAGCUGCACCUCCAGCUGCUCCACAAUCAUGCUUUGGAAGCUGUCCUGAUAUUUGUGCUCCUUCCUGUACCUCAUCAUGCUGCGCAUUUCCGCCUAUGGAGCCUUCUCCACCAGGUCCGUACCAAGUACCAUACAGAGCAGGAUACCCCAGCUACUCUUCCCCUCCUGAAUACCCUCCACGGUACCCACAGCAGUAUCCUCAAUCCAUGCCAUAUGGAGCUCAAAGUCAGUGUCCUCAACAGUGUACUGCACUUCCACCUCAGUCUCCUUGUCCCUCUGCUUGUCCUUCAGGAUGUUGUGGAGCUCAGGCAAGUGCACCUAUACCAGGGCCUCAAUACCUUCUUCUUGCUCCAAAACCAACAACACCAAAACCAACUAACGCUCCAGCUCAGAGCCAAUCAUCAAAUGGUCAGUGCCAGGCUCCAUGCCCGCAAACUUGUGCACCACUUGGAUGCAGCUCAAGCUGUUGCCAGGCAACGAUGCAACAACCAAUGAUGCCACAACCAAUGAUGCCACAACAAAUGAUGCCACCGAUGAUGCCACAGAUGCAGAUGCCACAGAUGAGUGGCUGUCCAUCAUACUGUAACCAAGCUUCUCAGUCAAUGGGCUGCCAAAGACGAUGUCCAAGCCAAUGCUGCAGAAGAAAUUAACAAAUCCAGACUUUCUAUGGAUAUCAUAGUCUCGGUAGUGCAUAAGGAAAACCUUUUUAAUAUAAAAGUUAAUUUAAAAUGAAGAAUACGGGGAACGUUAUUUGUUUAUAUAUAUGAAUGUUUUGAUUAUAGAAUAUUUUAUUUGAACGAACUGAAACUACAACUACUAUAAUUGUUCAUGAAUCGAGAAAAAUUUCCAAAGGCAAAAAAGUGAAAAUGUGAAUUAACUUUUUCUUGUUAUCUUUAUGGUUCAAGUCCUCUGUAUUACAAUACAUCACAAUCAUAGCUCAUAUCAGUACUUUAAAACUAUAAAAGUUUUGUAUCAUAAAACUUUACCAGGUUGCAUUUACCAGGUUGUCAUGAAAUUUCCACGUAAUGUCGUCAUACAAAUUCAAAACAAGAGAAAAAUAUGUAAUUGGGAUUUAUUGCAACUUUUGACAACGAUCUCUCAAAUCUCCUUGGAUUCAACACACUCUACUCUUGACAUUUUGAACAGUUGUAAAUUUUAGAAGACCCCUGGAAUUACUCGUGGCGUCUACCUGAUCUCCAAGGUCUACCAAGAAUUUUUUCAAAAGUCUGAGCUUCAAAAAAAAAUUAAAAUGCUGCGGCCCAUUAGGGCAUUCAGCUUCAAAUUUAGAUACCAUUUUGCAAUACAAAGUCAUUCAAAGCCGGUUUUACCUCGCAAUAGAGAUUGUUUGUACUUUAAAAAAGAUAGAUUAAAUUGUAACAAAA